AUGAAGGUAGCAGUGAUAGGAUCCGGUUUAGCUGGAUUGACGACCGCUUAUCUGCUUCGUAAGGAGGGUGUAGAAGUUCAUUUGAUCGAAAAGUCAAGUAAAUUAGGAUUUCAUUCGCAAUCUGUGGAGAUACCUCUAUCGUCGUCUUCUAAUGGGCCUGGUAAAAGUAAAAAGGAGAAGUGGAUUGUGGAUGUACCAAUGAGAGGAUUCCAAGGAGGCUACUAUCCUUUAUUGCUAUCACUCUAUCAUCACCUUCAGAUCCCCCUCGAAACACACAACUACAAAUUCUCUUUUUCCUCUUCCCAAUCAACCUAUUUCAUCCAUUCGGGAUCGUCGGGAUUCUCCAUCCCCUCACUACCUUCUCAAGCAUAUCAGAACAUCUUCAACCUCGUACGGGAUAUAGCGACCUUUGUGGGAGUAGCAAUCUGUUAUUCCCUUUUGGUGAUACUGAGCUUCGUGGCGUAUCAUGAUUUGUUGCCUAGCUGCCUGUGUAAUCCAGGAAGCAAGAAGACCGAGAAUGAAAUGACGUUGAAAGAAUUCACUUCAAUAUUAUCGGCAUUCCUCACUCAACCAUUCACGAUCCCCAUAAUAGAAUAUGAAGUAUGGACACCGCUUGGGGAAUUAUUCGAAUCGUUUUUCAUCUCCAAAUUGGUCAUACCCCUCUUCUCAUCGGUUGGAACGAUGACUACAAAAGAUUGUCUACAAUUACCUAUGAAGGUGAUAUUGGAAUAUAUCCAUUUGACCCUGGGAACAGACCAUUAUCAAUUGUCGAAAGGCUAUACGGCAUCUACCAUUGCUGAGCUAUUGGCGAAGCCUGUCAGAGAACAGGGAGAGGGGUAUGUUAGAUUAUCAACUGAAAUUAUGGGGUUGGAAUAUGAUGGAGGUGUGAGCAUAAAGAUGAAGAACACGACUGCUCAGAGACAGGGGCAGCAGGAAGGGGAAGAAGAAGAGAGGAUUACGGCGGACAAAGUAGUCUUGGCUACUCCGGCUAGCGUAGCCAAGAUUUUGUUGGAAGGGUUGGAGAGUAGCUUGAACGAUAAUAGACAGAUCAAAGAAGGUAGAAGGGUCGGUCAGAUGAGAGCUGCGUUGGGCAAAGUAAAUUAUAGGGAAACAAUCGUAGUCACCCAUCGAGAUACUUCCAUCCUACCUUCCUCCAAGGAUAGGAGAGAUCUUAAUUUCUUCUUACCCGAUACCAGUUUUUCCUCACGACCUUCACCAGAAACACACCCUAUACCCUAUCUGAUCCCUACGGAGAACGCUAUAUACACUCAAGCCACUCAGAUCAUCUUGCCUCCGAAGAGGCUACGGAGGAGAGGCAGGACCGAUGCGAUGGUAUUGCAAACUACCAAUCCGGCCGUAGUGAUUGAUCCAAGCAAGGUUCUAAGUGUGUCAAAACUGGAACGUGCACUCCCAUUGAAACAACCUAAUAAAAUUCUCCCUCAACUACGCUCAUCAUCUCUCGACUCAUGCGUGUAUAUAGUAGGCUCAUAUGCUUAUCCCGGGAUACCCCUCCUGGAAGGAUGUGUAGGAAGUGCCAAAAUGACUGUAGAAUCACUCUUAGCCGAUGCGUACGAGCGCAGAACAGGAUUCGUUAGACCAAUAUUACCUGCCGGAAAGCUGGACUGGGAGGUGGGGAAAGGUGGUCGGUUUGCUAGAACUUGGAGAUGGAGGUGGUAUGAAAGUACUUGGAAGUGA